ACUGUCAUAAAAUACCCAACAGAAGAAGAAGAGCCUGGUCGCUAAUAGCCUUACAUGGGCUAGGUAUUAAUUUGGAGAAAAUAAUUCGCUAUAGGCUAAAUCUUUUAUUAUUUGCGAUAAAGAUGUCUUUAGUUGAGCCUCAGAUAGAGUUUUCUAAACGAGCAGUUAUCUCCGACUGAAGAAACAUUCACAGAGUUUAACGAAAUCAAGUCCGAGGAGGAGAUGGAUGAUCGGCUCAGACAGCAGGAUUUUACCCGGACACCCCAGAUUAUUUUACACCGAAUAGACUUGUUACAUCAUUAUGUUAAGAAGGGGGAGACUCUUGUUGAUCUAGCGUUCUGUAGCCAGGAGAGGAAAUUCGGUUUGGACCAAGGGCAACCAGAACCUCUGAAGACAACAGAAGAGCAGGAGGAGCUAGAACAUCAACAGAUAAAAGAGGAGCUGGAUAAACUUGAAUAUCAACAGAUAAAGGAGGAAGAGAAAGAGUUUUGCAUCAGUCAGGAUGAAGAGCAGCUUCUACUGAAGCAGGAGACUGAGACCUUCUUGGUGACUUCUCUUAGAGAUGAACACAAACCAAGCAGCAACAUAUAUUUCAUUAAGGAUGCUACUGAAGCUGACCGCCAGGAUCAGAAAGAAUCAAAGAGAGAUGAAGAGCUGAAACAAAAUCAGAAAAACAGACAUGUUGACAAUUCGAAACGAAAAGGUCACAAGAAAACACACACUGAUAAAAAUCUAUAUUUUUGUAGAAUUUGUGAUAAAUGUUUUUCUACAAAUAGUAACAUGAAUAUGCACAUGAAAAUUCACACAGGUGAGAAGCCUUUCUCAUGUCUGACCUGUGGAAAAAGUUUCAGUCAAAGAUGUCAUUUAAAACUACACAUGAGAAUUCACUCGGGUGAGAAGCCUUUCUCAUGUCGGACCUGUGGAAAUAGUUACAGUCAAAAACAUUUUUUAACUUGUCACAUGAGAACUCACACAGGCGAGAGGCCAUUUCUGUGUCUAACAUGUGGAAAAGGUUUCACUAUAAAAAGUCUUUUGAAUAAACACAAGAGAACUCACACAGGUGAGAGGCCUUUCUCCUGUAAGAUUUGUGGCAAAGCUUUUGUUCAAAAACCUCAUCUAAAUUAUCACUUGAGGACUCACACAGGAGAGAAGCCUUUUCCAUGUGGUACCUGCAGAAAAAGCUUUAGUCUCAAAAGAAGCUUAAAUAGACACAUGAGAAUCCAUGCAGAUAAGAGGCCUUUUCUGUGUAUGACCUGUGGAAAAAGUUUCAAUGAGGAGCAGCAGCUUACCCUUCACAUGAGAAUUCAUACAGGUGAAGAGCCUUUCUCAUGUAUGACCUGUGGAAAAAGUUUCAGUCUCAAAGGUAAUUUAACAGAUCACCUGGGAAGUCAUGCAGGUGAAAAGCCUUUCUUAUGCAUGACCUGUGGAAAAGGUUUCCGUCUAAAGAAUAAUUUAAAUGAUCACAUGAGAAUACACACAAGUGAAAAGCCUUUUCCAUGUUUAAUCUGUGGAAAAGGUUUCACUACAAAAACUCUUUUGAACAACCACCUAAGAGUUCACACGGGUGAGAAGCCUUUCUCAUGUACGACGUGUGGAAAAAGUUUCCGCCAAAAGAUUCAUUUAACUGAACACACGAGAAGUCACACUGGCGAGAAGCCGUUUAAAUGUAGUGUGUGUAAAAAAUCUUUCAGCAUUAAAUGUAGUUUGAAUAAACACAUGAAAGCUCAUACAAGCUAGAAGCCUUUCUCUGGUAUAAACUACAGAAGUGGUUUUGAUAAAAGUUCCUUUAAUCAACAAGGUUAAAACAAAGCAGGAGUUUGAUAUAACUUCAUAGACCUCAAGUUAGAAUCAUGUUUGUAAUAUUCUCAGAUAUUCAGGUAUUUGAGAACUUUAUAAACAAGCUGGAAUCUGCUCUUCCCAAUUAAACUGAAGUCCUAAAACACCAGUGAGAAACAUUUGUCUUGAGAGCAAAGAUUAAAAACUGUCAAUGCGAUUUAUCUCAAAAUCACAUUAGCACCCUUCAGCUCAUUCUUUCAUGUCAUGAUCUAAACAUGUUCUUUACGUUCCGCAAUCAACCAAAAAGUCCUGACAGAAUGAGUUGAAGUCAUUCCAGAGGCUGCAGCAUAGCAGUGAGAGCACCACAUGAUCUUCCAGAGUCCGUCUGAUCCGAGAUGUUGCUCUGCAGAAUCUGAUGCAGAUUUUAACACGUUGAGGAUGGUACACAUCAACUGUCCUGGAAUUUAAAGCACUGUGGAUUUGAAAAGCCAUCAUCAGAAUCAGAAAAGCUUUAUUGCCAAGUACGUUUUUGGACACACAAGGAAUUUGUUUUGGCGUAGUCGGUGCAAUACAGUACAAAUUAAACAGUAUAAACAAAUCUACAAUAUAAUAUAAAUAUAUGUGCACAGUUUUAAGUGAGUGAGGGUAAAUAUAGAGCAGUAUAAGAUGCAAGAGCAAUACAACAGUGCAGGUGAUCAUUGUGCAAGUAUGAGGAUCAUUACAUGGAUUCAGGCCUUUGAGGGUUUUUUGUGUCUCACAUAUUACUUGGGUGAAUGCUGCAGCUGGUAAACCACGCCCCUUUCUGUCUGCAGUCAUCAGGUGUGCUGAGUUUAGCACAGAUUGACUUGUAUGAUUUAAAAGACAAAGGGACUCUAUACAGUGGUUGUCUAUUGCUGAGCUACGAUCUGAAAGGAACUAAUUCUUACUAAAUCAUCAGUUUGUUAGAAAAUGCUAUUUACAUAAAUAAAUGACACAAAACUUUGCCUUCAUGGUUUAUGUAGAUUUUUCAGGUGUGAAUUUGAAGAAUGCCUCAUUUUCAUGCAGAGAUGAUCUUCAUGUUUCUACUGUUCUUCAGAGAUCUAUCCUAUGCAAAUGUUUUUUCCCUAAUGAAGCUGUUUUCAUUGAUUUCCAUCUAUUUUAUUAAUAAACCCAACAAUUGAAACAAGUAAACACAAAAUAGAUUUUUGGUUUUUUGCACACACUGAGAAGUGAGUUUUACUUCAUUUUAUGACUUUUUAAUUUUGUUUUCUGCAAAUGAAGAAAUGUAAGAAAAAAUAUUUUAACAUUUUCUUUAAAAGUUCCUUUCAAAUAGCGAAAUGUGCUGAUGUUUAGAAAAAGCUUUUAUACAUUUUGUGUCAAUUUUAUUUAAAUGCUUUCUUUUGUGCUUUUUCAAAGAUUUGCAUCUAGUUUUGGUUUUGAUCCAUCACUGAAAAAUACGAAUAGUUUCUUUGGGUUGUAUUGUAUGACAUUUUUUUCUUCCCCUUUAGUAAAUGACAUAUGAUAUUAAAUCUUAUAUUUUCAGACUGUCCAAAGAGCUGUUUUGACCAUAUUUUGGUGAUAUUAUGACAAUGUUACCCAAACAAUAUUUAAAGAUCUUUACAACCUGCAGUCAGUUUUCCUUUAAGUCUUUAAGUGGCUUUAAUCUUAAAUGACGAUAUACUGUAUCUGCUGCUGUUGCGUACCUACGUAACUAAACGGUUUAUUUGCACUUCUGACCGUUUGUAUGAUUCUAAACCAGUCACACAGAACUGCAGAACAUUACUGAUUUUAUACAUCAUUUCCAACAUAUUUAAAUGUACAUAGUUGUCAUUCGAUAGAUUUAUAUUUUUUCAAUAUUCAGUUUCGAAUCGGAAUCAUCUUUAUUGUCACUGUAAUGUGUACAACAAAAUGAAGUUUUCAUUUAUCAGUGCAAUACAAAGCUAAAGAAAAACGUAAUCUCACAAGCACUGACUGUGUACUGAUGACUGCAGUGGGAUAAAAACUGUUCUUUAGUCUAUUUGUGUUUAUGACAUUGUGACCUCUCCCUGACGGAGCUGUUCAAACAGCGGGUGUCCAGUGUGAGAAAUGUCCUUUAUGGGGUGUUUUUGUCUUCUAGAGGCACCAGGAACUGUGCAGCUCCUCCGGUGUGUGGAAAGGGCAGCCCACAUCCUUCUGUGCAGUUUUAAUGACCCUAAGGUGUGCUGUCCUAUGAGCCAUAGUGUGGCUGCUCUACUAUAUAUUCUAAUGUAUUACAUACAUUUUGCUGUAUUAUCCAGUGGUUGCAGCACCUCCCAAGUAAAACAUGUUUCCUUUCACAGCUUUGUUAAAAUAAACUGGGAUUAUGUUAAUACAAA